UGUGAAAGUAACUUUAUGGGCCAUUGCUAUGAACUAUGCAAGUAUAGGUCUCGUGAUGCUGCAGCUAAUAAAAGUCUCAAUACACGUACAGAGGCCAACUAACCACGGUGCAUAUAAAACAAAAAGGAAAAUCAGUUGAUUGGCUUCAUAAUUUUUCUUAAACUGUACUUUUGAAUGCAGUAAAACUAGUUUAUGUUUCAUUCAAUGCUAAGAAGCCAUGGCAGAAUUCUGUGAUCUGCAAAUCCAUAUUGAUGGUCAACAAACAUUCUUCACUAAUGAGAGAAUUGUGUCAAGAUUCUGUGGGAAGUUAAGAAAGAUUAUCAAACAAGAAAAGAGAAGAACUCAAAUUAGGAAAUCGGGAAUUGAGAUUGAUGAUUUUCCGGGAGGAGCUGAUGGAUUUGAACAAGCUAUCAGGUUCUGCUACAACAAUGGCGCAGUCGAAAUUACAGCCUCCAAUGUCUCUCUACUCCAUUGCUGUGCAAUUUUUCUUGGAAUGACUGAAAAGGUAUCUAGUUUCAAUUUGUUGCAUCAAACUGAGGUUUUUCUUCAAGGUAUUUUCUACUGGUCUUGGAGUGAUACUAUCACUUGUCUCAAGAGCUGUGAACCAUUCUUUUGUUAUGCUGAUUCAAGUGGCCUAAUCCAAAAGCUCUUAUGCUCAAUUCUCGCCAAGAUUGCGCAGAAAACUGAUGUCAAUCUCCUAGUUUCAUCCUCAUCUUCCUCUUCAUCUUCUCCAGAUAAGUAUUUCAAUUCUGAUGAACUCAAAAUCAAGCCAAGUUCAUCAAGAAAAGAAUGGUGGUUUGAAGAUCUGACUGUUUUACAUCCAAAGACUAUACAGCAGUUUGUGAAGAUAUUAGGAGCUUAUGGGAAUGAUAAUAAUAGUUUAGUCCUCACAAGGUUUUUGUUGCACUAUCUGAAAAUUGCUGUCCGGCCCAAUAAUAAGAUUAUGAACUCAAAAACAUCAGAAUACAGUGAACUUGCGAAUACGGCAGUUCAUGGGGUGAUUUCGAUAGGAAAGACUGCAUUUUCUUGCAGAGGCCUAUUUUGGGUGCUGAGAAUUGUAUCCGGUUUGGGGCUGAGCCGAGAAUGCCAGGCCGGCUUGGAGAGGUUGAUUGGUGGGAUGCUUGAUCAAGCGACCCUUGACGAUUUGCUGAUUUUUGGAGGACACAAUGGGGGAGCUUAUGAUGUGAAUCUUGUGGUGAGAUUGAUCAGAUUGUUCGUACAUGAUGAUACAGUUACCUUAGAGAAAAUGAAGAAAGUUGGUAAAUUAAUGGACAAAUACUUGGGAGAAAUAGGGCCCGAUCAGCACCUUAAAGUCUCCAAAUUCCUAGGAACUGCUCAAAGUUUACCAGAUUAUGCAAGGGAUUGUUAUGAUGAAGUCUACAAGGCAAUUGACAUCUACCUUCAGUCUCAUCCAGCUCUCUCGUUAGAG